UUUACGCUUUGAAAACAGGAAGUCGUGCACUGCGUCGGGUAAAAAAAACACUUAAACGACGCAGUCCGUCAAAACAAGCGAUUUGUAGUUGAUAAAAUGUAACGUUAUUUGAAUUAUAUGUCCACCGUGCAGCAGACUUGAUCGAAGUGUAAGGAAUGCAAACGAGGCGUUAUGCAAUAAUGGUUUCUGCUGGAAAGGGAAACUGGUUUUCCUAGUCUGUUCUCUUCACACUGCGAGGUGACACGCCGAUAACAGGCUGAUCAAACCACCUGGGUGUAAGGAUGGGUGCUGAGAGCAGUACCCUGCCAAGCUGUGUGCUGGAGGAGCUGUUGCUGACUCUACCUUCAGGUCUGACCAUGUACUCCGCCAUCCUCAGAGAUGGCAAACCCGCCUCUGUCUUUGUGCACAAGCAAGACAAUGAAGAUAAACUCAGUAAAGCUGCCAAGCACCUGAAGACACUGCGGCAUCCGUGUCUCCUCCGCUUCCUGUCAUGUUCAAUGCAGGAUGGUGGUAUACAUUUAGUGACCGAGCCAGUUCAACCAUUAGAACGAGUGCUUGACAAUCUUACUCCAGAAGAGAUCUGUGCGGGCUUGUAUGAUGUCCUGCAAGCACUAGUGUUUCUACACGACAGGGGCAAAUCAAGCCACAACAACGUCUGCAUGUCCUCAGUGUUUGUCAGUGAAGAUGGCCACUGGAAGCUUGGUGGGAUGGAAACGGUCUGCACGUUUUCAGAGGCGACCCCCGAGUUUCUCAAAAGCAUCCAAAAUAUGAAGGAGAAGGAUGUUAUUCCUCCUGAGGAAAAGCUUGAACAAUUUAAAACUCUUCCCGACAAGCACGCCCAUUCCCGAGACGCUUUUUCAUUCGGAGUGAUGAUAGAGGCGCUCCUUCCACUCCUGACGGGACAUGUCUCGGAUGAUUUGUCGGAGAGUCUAAAGAACACGCUACAGAUCAGCCUCCUGACCCCUGAGCCCACGUCUCGACCCUCUCUCAGCAGUUUGCUGACUCACAAGUUUUUCAGGAAUGACUUUUUGGAUAUUGUGAAUUUUCUGAAGAGUCUGACGCUAAAAACUGAAGAGGAGAAGAAUGAAUUCUUUAAGUUUCUUUUAGACAGAGUUCAGAACCUCCCUGAGGUGUUAAUUGCUACACGUCUGGCUCCUAAACUGCUAAAUUCCCUUGUGUUUGCCGAGCCUAUGGCGGUGAAAAGCUUCCUUCCUCAUCUCUUACGGCCUAAGCAAGACUCCAGUGGGAGCACCAGUGAGGAGUGUCUGCUGUCGGUGUCUUUGUAUCGAAGAUACGUGAUUACUCAACUCCUCAAGCUCUUUAAAGUCAACGAGGAACACGUCAGGGUCGUCCUUCUGUCCCAUAUCCACAUGUAUGCAGAGUUCUUUACUUAUGAAGAGCUCAAAAACCAGAUUCUUCCUCAGGUUUUGCUGGGAAUGAGAGAUACAAAUGACUCACUUGUCGCCAUGACGCUACAGGGCCUGGCUGUGCUUGUUCCGUUGCUCGGAGCACAAGUAGUUGUUGGUGGGGAGAGGACCAAAGUCUUUAAACGCACUACGCCGAACUUCACCAAGUCCACAGAGGUCACCCCAGAGACAUCACCUGUGCAUAUUGUCGGGCCAUCACAUCCUCAUAUCUCACAACCUCCAAAAGUCCUGAAUCUGUUUCCUAAGGGUCCAGAGACCAAAAAGGUGGUGUUAGAAAAUAUGUACGCACUACAAGCAACUGAUAAAACCGCUGGGCAGCACACCAUAGCGGAGAGGGCAGGUUUCAGCAGGGAGAUGUCGUUCCCUUUGAACGGUUUCAGAAUGGGCACACAAGCUGUGAACAGCACACAAAGCAGCAAAACGGUGAGAGCCGAUGAAGACUGGCCAAACUGGAGCGACACAGAAGAAGUAGAAAAAGACAAGAGUCAGUCGGUCCAGAUCAGCAUCCAGUCCGCAAGUGUCCCAGACCAGGAUAGCUCGGCAAUAUCAGCUGAAACUGGGAACGACAGCGAGGAACCGUGGAAUGAUUUCGAGGACUCUGAAGUGACUUCAGACCAGUCACCCUCCAGUCAUCUACCAGUCUCUGUACCAAAGACAUCAACGAAAAACACUGCAUUAUCUCCGUCUGAACCCAUCUCUGAACCUCAGAAGUUGUCAAAAGCACUUAAACUGAACUCUAGUGUGACAAGUCCUCCAGACCAUAACCAUACCUCAUGGGACACGGGCUGGAACCAGGGAACCGACACCAUUAAACCCAGCCAAGGAAGUUUAGCAUCUGAGCCCAAGCCAAAAAAUACAAUCAAAAGCCACGGAGCUGGGGGUCUCGGAGAGGAGUUCACCAUUGCGGUGAAGAAGAAACCAGAGCAAGACCCAGAGCUGGACUUUUUCGCAGACAUGGUUCCAGAUAUAAAGCUGUCUUCCACAUCUCUUCUGCUCCCUGCGGAGAGCUCAGUCGGUGAACCCAUAACAGGUACAACGCUGGGACACACAACAUCAGAUAAUGCAGGCUUACCGAUAGAUGCACUGAAACUCACAGCCAAGUUUGCCGCAGCGGACUUAACCGAGACAGAGGCAGAAGGUUGGGGUGAUGAUGACCUCAACUGGGAUGAUGAGAACGCCUGGUGAUCUGCUUGAUCCUUUAUAGAAAGCCAUAUGAGUGGAAUUCGGACUAUAACCUGUCCUACACAAAGACACAGUUACAUACGGCACCUUCCUGACAUUACCGCUUAAGAUCUUGAUGUACAAAUUUAGUCAUUUUAAUAAACUACAGUUUAAGAGGGUAUUGUUUUUAAGGUUCUCCUCCCAAAAUGAUAAUCAAUUAGUUUACUGUUGCCAUAGUAAGGGUUCAUCUACUGUAAACAUGCCAAGUCCUGUUGAAUUCUUCGGUCCUGUUGCACCUGCAAACACAUCUGCUCAAUUCAAGUUUAUCCAGACGAUUUUAAUUUGUGCCAUACAGAUUUUAUAUAAAGAGCCUUAGAGGACAGACAGCCUCAACUUGAGAAGAAAUGUAUAAAAUCAUUUAUGUUCCCUAUAGAUUUGGGUAAAAGCCUGACGUAAUUUAUUUGUAUUAUCAGCUGCUCAAAUAAAAAUAUUUUAUGCUA